AAUCAUAGGAAUAUACCUUUGUCAAACUUGACUGGCUCCUCUUUGUCUUACUUGUAGUACUCAAACCACCACCUCCACACCUUCUUCCACCAUAUAAAUAAUCUUUACACACACCAAACACCCACACAUUUCACACAUUCAUCGGAGAAACCAAGAAAACCCACAUAAUUUACUUGAUUCUUGAAUAAAGAUUGGGUUUUUAUUCAAGAAAUGGAGAGCCCAUUUAAACCAAACAUUCUUAAUGGCAAGGUAGCCCUGUUGACUGGAGGCGGGUCGGGUAUUGGGUACGAAAUAUCCAGCCAGUUCGGUCAACAUGGAGCUUGUGUUGCUAUCAUGGGUCGCCGCAAGUCUGUUCUUGAUUCUGCUGUUGCCUCUCUUCGAUCACUUGGGAUUCAGGCUGUUGGAUUUGAGGGUGAUGUUCGCAAACAGGAAGAUGCAAAAAAAGUUGUGGAAUCAACUAUAAAGCACUUCGGAAAGCUUGAUAUUCUUGUUAAUGCAGCAGCUGGCAAUUUUCUGGUGUCAGCUGAGGAUUUGUCUCCUAAUGGAUUCCGAACAGUGAUGGAUAUUGAUUCAGUUGGUACCUUCACCAUGUGUCGCGAAGCUCUUAAAUAUCUUAAAAAAGGAGCUCCAGGCAGGACAUCAUCAAGUGGUGGAAGCAUAUUGAAUAUCAGUGCUACUUUACAUUACACAGCAUCUUUUUAUCAAAUCCAUGUAUCCGCUGCCAAGGCAGCUGUGGAUGCUCUUACGAGAAAUUUGGCUUUAGAAUGGGGAACUGAUUAUGAUAUCAGAGUAAAUGGAAUUGCUCCUGGCCCCAUUGGUGACACUGCUGGUAUGAGUAAACUGGGACCUGAUGAAAUAAAAAACAGCUCUAGAAAAGAGAUGCCUCUAUAUAAACUUGGAGAGAAGUGGGAUAUAGCUGUUGCAGCACUCUACCUUACAUCAGAAGCUGGUAAAUACGUCAAUGGCACCACUCUUGUAGUUGAUGGUGGACUCUGGCUGAGCAGGCCCCGCCCUUUACCAAAAGAGGCAGUGAAGCAGCUUUCCCGCACAGUGGAGAAACGUUCAAGAGCUGCACCUGUCGGGGUUCCCACAAGCAAACUUUAGUGUUAGUCAUUACAAAAUCAGCUUUUAUUGAACUCAGCCUUCUGUUUGAACUUAAUUAUUGUAGAUUGUCUUUAUAAACUAUUCAAGGACCUUUUAUUAAGGUACAUUAACCUAUGGGGAUGGGAACCUGCGACAGUGAGAUUACUCCUGGAGGCCUCAGCCACUCCUCCCACCCCUAGGGUCCAAAUCCAGCUUAUCUGGUGGAACAAUUAUCAUUUUAAAUGAAUGAUCAACACAAACUUGAUUACUUCUUU